UUUAAAAGGGGGGAGUAGUACAGUGUUACAGACUAAUAAGAAUCAAACGAUCUAAUUUUAAUUUUGCCACUUUAAAAUUAUCUCAUUGUCAUAUCAGGUGAAAUGAACUAGGUUUAGUAUUACUAGGUAGACUGAAAAACAAUACGUCACACAUGCACACACACACCCCCACAUAGAAAUAUAUCCACUUCACCCGAUUUGAGUCGUUUUGCAGAACUGCAAGCUAUAGACAUGUUCGAUCCACCUUAUCCCAUAAUAUUCACUGCAUACAAGGCAACGGCAUUUGUCUCAUUAACAUUCUCAUUAAUCGCAUUCAUACCCCAGAUCAUUCAAGUACAUCGCAACAAAUCCUUUCAUCAUUUGUCAGUAUCAUUCAUUGGCAUACUUCUUAUACAAGAUGUAUUUAACCUUCUACAAUCUUCAUUGGACUACCAAAUAUUGUUAUAUUUGUACUAUUGCAUUCUAGAUUGUCUAUUGCUAUUACAAUAUUACUACUAUCAUCAUAUAACCUAUUCGUCACCGUUGUUCAAGGCAAUUAUUGUGCCUUCACUAAUCACAACCGUUCAUGCACGUCCUGUGGAAAUACCCGAGCAGAUUAACGUGAAUGGCAAUUCGCUAGCCAAUGCAUUGUUAUUGGUAUCGUCAAGAAUACCCCAGGUGGUGAAAAACUUUAAUCAUAAAUCAGCCAAAGGCAUCUCCAAGAACUUCCUAGUGUUGAAUAUCCUUAGCAAUUUAUUUUACGUUGUAUCGUUAUCGUUGAGCUUAUACUUGUUAGCAUACACCAACAAUAUUCAAGACACAGACGAACCAUUUGGAGUAGUGUUGCAGCGACAACUCCCAUUAAUAAUUGCAUCAGGUAUCACCAUACUUCUCGACCUUACCAUCCUUUACCAAACCCACAUUUAUCAACCCCAAAUUAGACAUCCACGAAGACUAUCUGCGUCGACAAGACAACCUUCGUGGUAUACGCGUAACCAGCCAAUUUACGACCUGCAAGAAUUUUUUCACCCAACUGAAGACACCACAAUGGACCACGACCACUUUCUUGCUCCUAUAUUAUCGCAACAAUCGCGCGGACGUAAAUUAACCCAGUCUCCCAAUUCAGAAACAACAUCGCUAAUAAUGAAGUCAUCAUACCCCAGCUAUGUGUCCCCACCACCGGCUCACUACAUAUCCUCAUCGUUGAACUCUCCAUCAAAAGAACAAUUCACUCAGACGAUGUUUUCCCGCCUUGCCAAAUCAAUUAAACGAUACCCUAAUUCAAUAGACACAAAUAUCGGGAGUACCAACGCCGCAAUGCUGCCCACGAGUUUCAUCCCUAGUAUUGUCGGACAUGCAAGUAGUGUAGGUAAGAAAUUAAAUGAUGGGUCAAAAGUGCCCUUCCUGCCUAGUGAUUUCUUGCAUGAUGACUAUUAUUGGAAAAAUAGCGCUGGUUCGGACAGUAUGUUGGGUCGACUGACUGAUGGUGAUAGAAUCCCAAUCUUGCAUUAACUUUAUGGUCAUUUUAUAUAGACAGAAUUAAAUAUAUUGAUACUGUAUUGUAUUGUAUCUAAAGUAGUUUUACUAU